UUGGUGAAUGGUGGUGAGGCUUUGAAGAUGCUGUUGAAGAUGAAGUUCACCCAGCAGAGGCGGGUGCGUCUCGCCCAGGGCCUGUGGUUGAUGUCAUGGCUGGCAGUGAUGUGCGGGGUCUUCAUCUUCUGUCUGGGGAUUUACCUUAAGACAGAGCUGCUCCGUAGGGCCGAGGUGAUGGACGACACGGAAAUCCACGUGGUUCCCAACAUCCUCAUGAUGGUGGGCCUGGCCUCCAUCGGCACCAACUGGGUUGCCAGUCGUGUGUGUCAGGACUCCUUGGAUGCAAGUCGCUUCCCCCGUUGGAAGGGUUUCCUGCUGGCUUGGUUUGUCGUAGCUGCGCUGCUCUGUUAUGUGCUCAUUGCUGUUGUGGUGCUCAGCUACGCACUGCAGGGACACCUGGAGGAGUCCCUGAAGGUUGGCCUCAGGAAUGGUAUUCGUUUCUACAAGGACACGGACGUGCCGGGCCGCUGUUUUCAGAAAGAGACCAUUGAUCGUCUGCAGAUGGAGUUUCGCUGCUGUGGAAACAACAAUUUCAGGGACUGGUUUGAAGUUCAGUGGGUCAGCAACAGAUACCUGGACUUCACCUCCAAAGAUGUCAAGGAUCGUAUACGGAGUAACGUGGAUGGCCGUUACCUGUUGGAUGGCAUUCCCUUCAGCUGCUGUAACCCAGUCUCCCCUCGCCCCUGCCUGCAGUACCACCUGACCGACAACAGUGCCCACUACAACUAUGAGUUCCAAUCAGAGGAGCUCAACCUGCACAGCCGCGGCUGUAGGCAGGCUCUGACUGACUACUACAUGGGCUUAAUGAAUUCAACUGGUCCUGGCGUCUUGUCAGUCAUCUUGAUACAGAUGUCAGUGCUUGUGAGCCUGCGGUACCUGCAGACGGCUGUGGAAGGAGCCAUGGCUCUGGAGAACCCAGAGGACGACAGUGAGGGUUAUCUCCUGGAGAAGGGAGUGAAAGAAACCUUUGAGGAUGUCAAAGCCAAUGUCCUCAACAUUCUAAAGUUUGCACAGGUUGACCCCACCGCCGACGAAGAGUCCCCUGAGGCCGCAGAUGCCAAGAAAGCUGCUGAUAACGACACAGAGAAGGCUGCCUCCCCUACUCCUGCCAGCUAGAGGGGGGGGACAUCAAAUAGGAGUUGAGGAGGGAGUUGGUUGUCUGAGGUUCAUGGCGAGUGUGAGUUGGCUGUUGGCGGGUAUGACACCUGUUGGGUUUUCACAUGUUAGGUUUGAUUUUAUUGUCCAUUGAUGCAGCAGCUGCAGCUCCCUCGCACAUGGCCAAAGCAAGGCAACACAUGGGGAAUCUUAUCAGGCCCUGCACAGACACAGAAACAAACAUCUCCUCUGUGCGGGAGCUCGUGAACGUAUAACCAUCAGAGAA